AUGAGCAUUGAAGAUGAGUAGUAUGAUAGAGAAAAUUAUUCAUUGAUUAUAAUUAAUUUUCUUGACACAGAUUUAGAAGAUAAUUCAAAAGCAGUAGCAUUGAUAUACUUAAACGGUGAAUUAGAUGAUACAAUUAAAAUUAAAGGUUCAACGACUAUAUUUAUUCAUAAAUAAGAUAUUCUGACUUUUGAAAUCAAAGAUAUGUCACCUCCUUAAACAAUAGGUGUACUAGAUAUAGCAACUUUAUAGCUUCUCUAAGAAAAUGAAAGGCUUUUCUAAAAGUGGCUUCCUAGCAUUUAUAAUUAAAAAAUGCACAAAUUUCUCUUUGAAUUUGAAAUUCAAAAGAUGGGAACUUUAAGCUCAAGCAAAAUUUUAAGAAAUCAAAAUUAGGUAAAUGAAGUAGAGUCAGGUUAAUAACCAAAUAGAAAUAGUUAGCUUUAAUCUUAGCUAUCAGGGAGCGAUAAGUAUAUCCCUUGCAUUCAAUCUACAUAGCUAAAUAAUGGAAAUUAAUAAGUAAUUAACAAAUCAGAAGAUUCAAGUAAAAUGUAAAACUAAUCUCCUGUAAAGUAAACUGCAAAUCAAGAAUAUCAAAAAUAUUUAGAUAAUGAAAUUAGUCAAAAUAAACAGACUAAAAGCUAAUCUCAUGAAGCUUAGACUUCAUAGAAAAAUGGUGAGGAUAAUAGUUAACAAUAGAAAGAAAUCUUUACAAUUUCCCCUAUUAAAGUGAUUGAAGACUAAGACAUAAAAAAAAAUGGUUAUACAUUCCAAAAAUUUAAAUAAAAUAACUAGCUGACCUUAAAUGAUGGUUAAGUUGACUCCUCUUUAAUUAAUAGCAAUGGAGAUAAUCUUAUAAUUCAAUCUAGUUAGCUAAAUAAAAAUCAAAUUUCACCAAAUGGCCCUUCUUAAGCUAUCUUUAUGACUGAAUCAAAUGAGAUUUAUGAUGUUUUAGAAGAUGAGCUUGUUAAACUUGCUAAAAAAAUUUAGAAUAAAAGCUUUAAUUCUCUUAUUGAAAAGCGUCGCUCAUAAUACCUAGAACUUAAAAAUUUAUUGUAAGAAAUAUCGGAAUAGUUUGAAGCUCUUAAAAAACAUCCUUGCAGAGGAUGCGAAAAGAAAUAUAUCCCAUCCAUUUAAAAGGGAAUUUAAAAGCUGUAUUCAGGAUAUAAACAAUUAAUGAGUUAAAUAUCUUAAUCAUAAUAAAUUCAGAAUAGUCAGUAACUACAGUAAUAGUAAUCACAAAGGCAUUAAAUGCCUGUUUAAGAAUUUAUUCAAUCAUUAAGCGCAUCAAAAAAAGGAAUUGCUUAAGUUUAAGCGAAAUAAAACACUUAGAGAUCUAAAAGCCCUAUAACAACAAGGAGCUUGUAAGUACCGUAAUAGGGAGUCUCAGGCAGUAAUGGGAAAUAAAAUAAAUAUAUAGAAUAAUAACAAAAUGUUAGCAAUUAAUAAUUAAGUAAAUAAACCACAACUUAUCAAAUGAGUCCUAAUAACUCUAGAAAAUUAGAUAAAGUUAAAGAGGAAGAAGCAAAGACUCAUAAUUUAUAAGUGAAUUCAGACUACAUUAGAAAUUAAUUGGAAACAUAAUUUAAAAGAACUCACGAAUUAGAAGUUGAGAACAAGCAAUUAAAGCUUCGUAAUUUUAUUUUAGAGGGAGACUUAAAAAAUUUAUUGAAAAGGAUAUAAUAAGAGAAAUUAACCUUUUCAAGUCGUGCAACUUUCAAAUUGUAAGAGUUCAGAUAAAUUUUUGAGUAUUUUCACUCCCUAAGAUUAGAAAGAGAGUCUUUACUUGAUGAAAUUCACCAACUCUAAGAUGAGUUGAAAAUAGGAUAGUAAGGUGAUAAAAAGAAGAAUAGCUUUAAUACAAAUAACCACAAGUAAAAUAAUACAUAAUUGAAGAGUAUUUAAUAGACGAUGAAUGAAUAUGCUAAAUACAAAUAAGAUACUUUAUAAGCUGUAUAGCAAGAAGAACAAAGAAUAGAAAACGAAGGUAGAAGCUAUCGUUAUCCUUCUUCCUUUUCACAACAAUAUACCUAUCCAAAUCACUAAUCAAAUUCUCUUUCUCCAAAGCUAAGAGAUAACUACAGCAAUUAAAUAACUUAGCAAUAUGGGAUUGAUGAAUUAUCUUAAUUAAAUUAGGAUAAAUACCCAUCAUAUAAAUAUGAAGACUAAACCUUUUAGAAUGGAGGUUUAUAUUAAAAAAAUGAUAUUUCAAAUAUCCUAAAGACAUCAUAAAAUUCUUAUCCAUAGUACAAUAGGGAUAAUUCAGGGUAAAAGCAUAUUUCAAAGAGCAUUAGAGAAAAUAACUCUCCUUCAUAACAAGGAGGAGCAUAUGAUACAAGAUCCAAAGAAAACGGUCCAUCUUCAUCUGGAAGUACUAGAAGUGAAAUACAUCAUUUAUUAAAUCAGAGAAAAAAUGUAAUAAACGAGUUACUUGAGAAAAUAGGAGAAAUAUGA